CUUUAGGAUAAGACAGUUUAAAUGUUAGUUGGAUACACGGAUAAAUUACCAAUAACUAUUCGAUGUUUUCAUUCCGACCGGCAAUUAUAUUGGGCGUAAUAUGCUUCAUAUUUGGAUAUCUGUAUUCACUUCUUCAUUAUCUUCAACCACAGAUGCAGGGAACCAGUUCUGAAAUGUUUAAGCAUGCAGUUCAUGUUUAUAAAAAUCAAAUACAGAAAAAUAAAGAACUUGGGUCUUCUUUUUCUGUUUGUUAUCGUGGAGAACAUGUUAUCGACAUUGUUGGAGGAUAUGUGGAUAAACGUUUCCGGCUACCAUGGUUGCCGUCAACUAUAAGUCAGUUGUUUACUGUGUCUUUGGUUGUUGUGCCUUUCACAUUUGCUAAGUUAUACCAAGAUGGACUUCUGAGUAUUGAUUCUUCUAUUCAGCACUAUUUGCCACAGUUUUUGGUUCCUAAUAUCUCAAUAUCAGACUUACUCACGCAUCAGUCUGGUUUUCCAUAUUUUAUAAGUCAUGUAUCUUUAGCUAAAUGGCGAGAUGAUCAUAGAAAUGCAUUACAUGAUAUAAUCAACCAAAUACCGCCUAUCCCACCAAAAACCCAACAGUUUCAUUUGCACUCGAUGGCUAUACUAUGUGAUGCCAUCGUUCGCAAAGUAGACCCGAAAAGGCGAACACUGGCUCGUUAUUUUAUGGAAGAAAUUGCAUGGCCUCUUGGUUUGGACAUGCUUAUCGGGAUCCCUCGAACCCAACUAUACCGUGCUGCCAGGACCUACCACGCUGAUGCUAUCAGUGUGUUUUGUGCCAUUUUAUAUUUUGAUGUGAAAUACGCAUGGACAAACUUAGUCACUUCUAAAUGGCUACCAUAUUCAAAAGUGAGAAAUAUGGCAUUGGAUGUAUUUAAUGAUUAUCAGAUUUAUUAUAAUUGGAAUCCUGACUUACUGGAAGUUCCAUUAGUUUCAACACACCUAUUCACUAAUGCACGAAGUUUAGUCCGUUUAUUCACUCUGUUAGAAAAUUCAAAGGAUAAGAUUGCCAUUAAUUCAUCAUCUGACAAUCAUCCGUUCGUCCUUAAGAAGCCAAUUAGAGAUUGGAUGCUUCAAGUUUUAAAUACUUCUUCUUAUGAUCCGGUUCUCCAUCGACAUUUAAAACUUACUUCUUCAGGUUUCAUGGUCACUAAUUCACCAAAGAACACCCUAAUGUUUGGAAUGUGGGAUGAUAUUCUUGGCCAAGGAGUUUUUAUUGAUCCAGAGAAACAGUUAACCUGGGCUUAUGUUACAAAUCAUGCUCACGGACGAUCAUUAGACAGUGAUCCUAUUUUAAACUCUUUAAUUCAUUCAGUGUAUUCAUGUAUUGAAAAGUAGUGUUUGAUAAUUAGAGAAAAUGGUGCCUUACUGGUCAACGAAAUGUUGCAUAUAUUUACAUUUUAAAGAAAAACAACUCCGGUUAUUUAUUAUUCAACUCGGUGUUUUAAUAUACAAAAGGCAGGAACGAUUUUUAUAGUGCUUUUAAUAAUAUGUAUGUUUGUAGCAUUUAUUAUUCAUGUGACCUUUUCUGUUACUAGCUAAUUUAGACGUAACGGUCAAAGAUGUUAAUCCCUUUAAAUGAAUUGAAUUAAAGCAUAUUCUGUGGAAAUUUUCCCUUGUUAUU